UGCAUUCCAGCCUGGUGACAGAGGACAUGAAAGAUCAGAUGUCAACUUCAUCUGUGCAGGCAUUAGCUGAAAGGAAAAAUAGACAGGCACUGCUGGGAGACAGUGGCAGCCAGAACUGGAGCACUGGAACAGCAGAUAAAUACGGGCGCCUGGACCGAGAGCUCCAGCGAGCCAAUUCUCAUUUCAUUGAGGAGCAGCAGGCACAGCAGCAGUUGAUCGUGGAACAGCAGGAUGAGCAGUUGGAGCUGGUCUCUGGCAGCAUCGGGGUGCUGAAGAACAUGUCCCAGCGCAUCGGAGGGGAGCUGGAGGAACAGGCAGUUAUGUUGGAAGAUUUCUCUCACGAAUUGGAGAGCACUCAGUCCCGGCUGGACAAUGUGAUGAAGAAACUUGCAAAAGUAUCUCAUAUGACCAGUGAUCGGCGCCAGUGGUGUGCCAUAGCCAUCCUCUUUGCAGUCCUGUUGGUUGUGCUGAUCCUCUUCUUAGUGCUGUGACGGCGGGGCCUCUGGGUGCGAGUUCCUCCUGCAUAUGAACCGAGGGGAGGAGGAGAAGCUAAGCACGUGUGACAUUGCCGUCUACUCACAUUCCUAUCCUGGAAACAUACUGCUGCACUGACUUUUCUCCGUGUGACCCCACAAUUGACACGGCUUCUCCAUCCCAGCGCUGGAAGGGCCAGUGGGAAGAGGAAAUAGAUGUCUGCACUCCUGGCUGCAGCUGGACAACGGAAGCCCCAUGCCACCUGUCCAGUGCUGAGGAGAACUAGCUGCUGCCUUGCUUUCCGGGACCUCGUUCGCUGAGGAGGGACUCACAGACUUCACUGGUGUUUUGCUGUUGCUCAUUCCAUGCAUCUUUGGCAGCUCUUUUCUUCUGCUCAGACCCUUCCCUGUGCUCAGACAGUGCGCCGCUGUCCCAUCAAAAGAAACCUGUCAGGAAUGCAAGCUUCUGGGUAUGUUUCGUUUCCCAUUGCUGUAGCAUUUCUUAGCCCCUGAGAGCUGAUGAUUAUUGAGGACAGAAGGCUCAGAAACAGUUUGUGACAGAAAAUGCAGUGUUUCAUUUUUCAGGGAUAAAUGCUAAGAUAAAAUUGCUUUUCCAGGUCAUUUUUUUUUGUGGUAAGAAUAACUAGUGGAGAAUAAUGAAACACCCUGGGGCUUGGGGAUGCUAACAACUUGUGGCUUUAACUGACAGGAGAAAUUAAAAAGAGCAAGAGGGCUCUGCAUUGGCAUAGCUUAGGGAAGGGUUGAUGGUGUCGCCAGAGGUCAGCUCCUGAUCCUUGCCGACUUGAUGUUGCUGUACCAGGGCUUCCUCCCCAGAGGUGCAGCUUGCGUUUUGAGGGUAAUUCCUACAUAUGUUGUUGCUAAAUAGCUCAGUAACACACUUGAAUAGAUUUGGAUACCAGAUUGUCCUUAUUACAGUUCUUUUACUCCUAGGGCACUCUACAUUGGGGGUGGGGGUUGGGAGUGGUUAGUACAGUUAUUACAUUUAUUCAGAAACGUAAUGACAUAAAAGAUUAGCUCUGGGCCAGACUUCUCUUACCCUGUGGGUAAUGGCAAGGAUGUGUAGGUGAACUUGGUUCUUUUUUUUCCCCUAAGAUGACAGCUUGAUUUUAUCAUCUGCAGUCAAGUAACUGAGCCAAUCCAAAUUUAAAUGAUAGAUGCUUUAAUUGAGUUUAAGUAGCUGAAACUGCUGAGACACUAAACUUUAAGCUUCUGAUGACUUUUUAAAUGCCUCAAAUGUGCACAUGUAUAUAGGAUAUUUUUAUAACUUCCCUGAUGAAUUAUCUGAUAUUAAAGUAGUAUUUGGACCCAGAGCCAGAACUCGGUGGUGGAGGCUGCUGGUCUCUCCUCACCACCUUCUUUUGCACUUGGAAAGAACAGCAACAUCUGGAUAGAGUUCUAGCUUUGACUUCUCAUUUCCUCGUCUUUUUGGGUGCAUUCCUCAGCACAUUUUUUUUUUAACCUUUUUGUUUUGUUUGUAUUUCAUGUGGUUUUGUUUGGGGGUUUUGGUUUUUUCACCCUUUUUUUGUGAUUUGCAAUGAUGUGCUUGCCCAGCUAACUUUUGAAUUGCACUUUUUAAUAAAUAUUCGUAACAAUUUUUGAAGAAGGAUAUUUUAUCUCAUUUGAGAUCAUGGUAGGUUAAGAAAAUAUGCCUGUUGAUGAAAGCUUAAAAGCAAAUUUGUGAAACUAAAAGGGUGAUUGACAUCCAUGUUUACACUCCACUCUAAUGUUUGAUAUAUAAAUAAGUUAUUUUCAAAUUAGGAAAAAAAAAUGAGUAUUACAAAGGGCUUCAGAUGUGUAGAGUACUAGGUUAUUUAUGUUUUACAAAGUUUGAAUCGUCUAUAAACUAAGAAAGGGGAUGAUCUUUAGAUUUGCAUUAAAAUACAGAAAUCUUUUAAAGUGAAUGUGGACCUUGUCUAAGUACUGUAAUCCACACAGCACAUUAUAAGAAGUAAACCACCAUCUUAAAGAAUUAUAAAAUUACCUUAUUUAAAAGCCAUGCUAUUGUUCUGCUAUUACCAGAUUUAUUGUGCCACACAAAAGGAUCAUGUGUGUCAGCAGGGGCCGUUUGGAGCAAACCUAGUCAUUAAUGAGUAAGAUACUCCUGUUAGUUCAGGCACCAAGUUUUAUGACCCAGAGGCUUAAUGAUGUUUGGAUAUAUUUCAAAUAGACGUGCUUACGUCACUGAUUUAAAGUAUUUUCUAAAUAGUGGCCAUUGUAGACCUGACUCAGGCUGAAGCUAAAUAGAUAACAAUUUAGAAAGUUAACUGAAAAUACGGGGCAUUCUCCCCAUAGGGCCACCAUGCCCUUCUGCCCCUGGCUGACUUGAUCCUGGGUCUGAUCCUGUUGCACCCUGACUGGGCAGCCCCUGCAGAACCAGUGUUAAUUUGAAGGGCCUCCACUCAGGCUCCAAAUGUGGCAGCCAAAGAGAACAAGCCGGGGAACCUACAUUUAUUGUUAAGGACAAAUAUUUCCUCCUCAGUGAUGCUAAUGUUCAGGGCUUUAGAGGGAACCCAGGUGAUCUCUUCACCCUGUGUCCUAGAAUGGGAGAGUAAGUAGACAGCGGUGAUAACCCCACACUACUUAUAAGCGCAUCCUUAGAGCACUUGGGGCUUUCUUUCCCCUUUCGCCUUCUGUACCUAGUACCAUAUUCCAGUUUUAAAGAACUGGCAGAAUGUGAUGGAUAACAGAGAAAGAGCUCAAUUUAUGUUUAUUGGAAGAACAUUUUACUUAAAUGAUUUGAGGGGUGGGAGGGAACGAACAAUUGAGUUUGCCAGAGUGAAAAUCCAUCUGAAAAACUAAACUACCUUUAGUUUUUAGUCCUAAUUUUUGGUGUUGUCUCUGUGGACGGUGAAGAAUCACAAUGCUCUGUGUGCCCUGGACUGUGUGGCAAAUGCAGGUUGCAGCGUGUGUGUUACAUGAGGAUCUUCCACAAUUUCAGAAUGCACGCCAGAGCUGUAGGGGAAACUUGGUAACUUGCCCAUUAUUCUCUGCUUUUAGCCAGAGUUAAACAGACUGAUGGGUCUGGUAGCCAACAACUUGGCAACUUCCCCUCCUUCUCACCUCGUGAGAUUAAGGGCUGUGAAAAGAAAUCUAGUCUAACUCCAACAGAAAUCUGUCUCUGUUAAGUGUUUUACCUUCUGUAAGUAGAGAUGGUAGAGCCAAGAUUUUUCUUUUGGUAAUUUCCCUGUCUAUAAAGUGAGACCACAGGGAUAUCUGUUCCCUGUUACCUUUUUGGAGAAUUCAUAACAUUUGAAGAUCAAAAAAUUGAAUGAUAAAUAUGAAUGGCUUUUCAAUUCUGUGGGCUUUGUACCGUUUGGCUUCACCUUGUACUGCAAGAUGAAUUUGUAAACAAAACAAAACUGGAUUGUCUGGAAAGCUAAAGUUCUAAAAUAUGGAAUGUACUGCCUCUAAUUUUUCUUUGUCUUCCUCUCAUUGGCAUUUUUUUCUCUCCCAGGUUUCUUAAGAAUAAUGUUUUUUAAAGGAGGCUUUUUGCCCAUCAAGAAUAAAAAGAAAUAAAACCAAAGGGUUACCGGA